AUGAAUACCAAACGACCAAAACAUCCUAAAAGUAUUGAUUCACAAGAAAGACAAAAACGUAUUUUUGAUGAAUCGUUUUUUGAUAUUAUUCCUGAUAGUGAAGAAUAUGGUUAUGAUUCAAAUACACUGAAUCAACAAAUAAAUAAAUUAACACAUCAACAAAAUACAACACAAUAUAGGAGUAUGGAGGAAGAGAAUACUAAUAAUAUCAAAACUAGACAAUAUAUCAAAAUAUUUCUGAAACAUUCAUCAAAUUUAAACAAUUCACCAAAAUAUAAAAAUUUAAUUUAUGUAAAUAUUCCAUCAGGAAUAACUGAUUAUAAACAUGGUGAUAUGUUUUCUAAAAUUACUAAGGAAUUAGAAACAUACACUGGAGAGAAAAAUAAAGCAAAAAUUGCAGCAUUAAAAAAAGCACUUGGAAAUUAUCCAACAAUAUUGGGAACGAUUGAACCUUCUAUUGAUGAUUUAAACACAAAAAUUAUGAAUGGAUUAAAUGAAUUUUCAAAAUUAACAAAUAUGAAAGGAAAUGGAUUAUUUUAUUUAAUAGAUCCUAAGGGAGGAGUUAAUACUAUUGACCUUCUUAUUUCAAAUAUAAUUAUUACAAUACAAAGAAGAAUAAUUAUGAUGGAUGGUAAAGAAAAUGCAAAAGAUGAUAAAUUUAAAGUUGAAGAAUAUUAUGGAAAACCUGGAAAAAAGUUCAAAAAGAGUUUACUAUUGGACUUAAAGAUUCAAUUGAUGAUUUAA